UAACCUCACACUCAACGUCAACAAAACUAAGGAGAUGAUUGUGGACUUCAGGAAACAGCAGAGGGAACACCCCCCUAUCCACAUUGAUGGAACAGUAGUGGAGAGGGUAGUAAGUUUUAAGUUCCUCGGCGUACACAUCACAGACAAACUGAAUUGGUCCACCCACACAGACAGCAUCGUGAAGAAGGUGCAGCAGCGCCUCUUCAAACUCAGGAGGCUGAAGAAAUUCGGCUAGUCACCAAAAGCACUCACAAACUUCUACAGAUGCACAAUCGAGAGCAUCCUGUCGGGCUGUAUCACCGCCUGGUACGGCAACUGCUCCGCCCACAACCGUAAGGCUCUCCAGAGGGUAGUGAGGUCUGCACAACGCAUCACCGGGGGCAAACUACCUGCCCUCCAGGACACCUACACCACCCGAUGUCACAGGAAGGCCAUAAAGAUCAUCAAGGACAACAACCACCCGAGCCACUGCCUGUUCACCCCGCUAUCAUCCAGAAGGCGAGGUCAGUACAGGUGCAUCAAAGCUGGGACCGAGAGACUGAAAAACAGCUUCUAUCUCAAGGCCAUCAGACUGUUAAACAGCCACCACUAACAUUGAGUGGCUGCUGCCAACACACUGACACUGACUCAACUCCAGCCACUUUAAUAAUGGGAAUUGAUGGGAAAUUAUGUAAAAUAUAUCACUAACCACUUUAAACAAUGCUACCUAAUAUAAUGUUACAUACCCUACAUUAUUAAUCUCAUAUGUAUAUGUAUAUACUGUACUCUAUAUCAUCUACUGCAUGUAUCACUCGCCACUUUAACUAUGCCACUUUGUUUACAUACUCAUCUCAUAUGUAUAUACUGCACUCAAUACCAUCUACUGUAUCUUGCCUAUGCCGCUCUGUACCAUCACUCACUCAUAUAUCUUUAUGUACAUAUUCUUUAUCCCCUUACACUUGUGUCUAUAAGGUAGUAGUUUUGGAAUUGUCAGCUAGAUUACUUGUUGGUUAUUACUGCAUUGUCAGAACUAGAAGCACAAGCAUUUCGCUACACUCGCAUUAACAUCUGCUAACCAUGUGUAUGUGACAAAUAAAAUUUGAUUUGAUUUGUGUGUGUGUUGUUGGGGGUGUUGUUUGUCUCGGUGUGCUCAAAUGACCAAUGCAUAACACCCCCAGUAAUCAGCUUAGCAGCCAGUCAGUAAUCCACACUUACACAGGAAGAAAGAAGCCUGCUUUGUGUGUGUGUCUGUGUGUCUCACCGUCUGCACGGAUCUAUUCAAAUUACAGUUUUUUUCUAUUGCUAACAUGCAUUGGUCAAAACUGAAGUCACACUGUCAAAACUCUUCACACAGUCAGCGAAACAGAAGUGUGUGUGGACCAAACUGUGAAUAAUUUUCCUUUCUUUCACACAAAAUGCAUUCAAUGACCACAUCAUCCGAAAUACAUCAACUCUUUUCUGAUUCAUACUCCACCACCUGCAAAACUAUAUAUUUGCAGAACAUGUUUUCAAAUGCUGACACACCGUUUCCAAAAAUGUUAAAAACACAGAAUGAUGGCAAAUGUCGUGCAUUUCUGCAGUAACCAGAUUGAAACAUACUGCAAAUCUCAGCAAAAUAUUUAAUCAUUCCAAACACAGCUGAUUGCAAUAUCAGUUGAAAUCCUACCCAAUUGUCCUGUUUUUAGUCUCGUUACCAAACAGACAAAAGAGGACGGCUUCGGAAUGAUUUAGUUUGGAAACAUGGCUCAAGGGAGACAGGUUGGUGGGGAAAGAAGAGUGUCAGGGAGAGGAAGACAGGUUGGUGGGGAAAGAAAAGUGUCAGGGAGAGGAAGACAGGUUGGUGGGGAAAGAAGAGUGUCAGGGAGAGGAAGACAGGUUGGUGGGGAAAGAAGAGUGUCAGGGAGAGGAAGACAGGUUGGUGGGGAAAGAAGAGUGUCAGGGAGAGGGAGACAGCGUGGAGGACAAAGGAGAGGAAGACAGGUUGGUGGGGGAAGAAGAGUGUCAGGGAGAGGGAGACAGGUUGGUGGGGAAAGAAGAGUGUCAGGGAGAGGAAGACAGGUUGGUGGGGAAAGAAGAGUGUCAGGGAGAGGGAGACAGCAUGGAGGACAAAGGAGAGGAAGACAGGUUGGUGGGGAAAGAAGAGUGUCAGGGAGAGGGAGACAGCAUGGAGGACAAAGGAGAGGGAGACAGGUUGGUGGGGAAAGAAGAGUGUCAGGGAGAGGGAGACAGCGUGGAGGACAAAGGAGAGGAAGACAGGUUGGUGGGGGAAGAAGAGUGUCAGGGAGAGGGAGACAGCAUGGAGGACAAAGGAGAGGAAGACAGGUUGGUGGGGGAAGAAGAGUGUCAGGGAGAGGAAGACAGGUUGGUGGGGGAAGAAGAGUGUCAGGGAGAGGGAGACAGCGUGGAGGACAAAGGAGAGGAAGACAGGUUAGUGGGGGAAGAAGAGUGUCAGGGAGAGGGAGACAGCAGGCAGCAUGGAGGACAAAGGAGAGGAAGACAGGUUGGUGGGGGAAGAAGAGUGUCAGGGAGAGGGAGACAGGUUGGUGGGGGAAGAAGAGUGUCAUGGAGAGGAAGACAGGUUGGUGGGGAAAGAAGAGUGUCAGGGAGAGGGAGACAGCAUGGAGGACAAAGGAGAGGGAGACAGGUUGGUGGGGAAAGAAGAGUGUCAGGGAGAGGAAGACAGGUUGGUGGGGAAAGAAGAGUGUCAGGGAGAGGAAGACAGGUUGGUGGGGAAAGAAGAGUGUCAGGGAGAGGAAGACAGGUUGGUGGGGAAAGAAGAGUGUCAGGGAGAGGAAGACAGGUUGGUGGGGAAAGAAGAGUGUCAGGGAGAGGAAGACAGGUUGGUGGGGAAAGAAGAGUGUCAGGGAGAGGAAGACAGGUUGGUGGGGAAAGAAGUGUGUCAGGGAGAGGAAGACAGGUUGGUGGGGAAAGAAGAGUGUCAGGGAGAGGGAGACAGCAUGGAGGACAAAGGAGAGGAAGACAGGUUGGUGGGGAAAGAAGAGUGUCAGGGAGAGGGAGACAGCGUGGAGGACAAAGGAGAGGAAGACAGGUUGGUGGGGGAAGAAGAGUGUCAGGGAGAGGGAGACAGGUUGGUGGGGGAAGAAGAGUGUCAUGGAGAGGAAGACAGGUUGGUGGGGAAAGAAGAGUGUCAGGGAGAGGGAGACAGCAUGGAGGACAAAGGAGAGGGAGACAGGUUGGUGGGGAAAGAAGAGUGUCAGGGAGAGGGAGACAGCGUGGAGGACAAAGGAGAGGAAGACAGGUUGGUGGGGGAAGAAGAGUGUCAGGGAGAGGAAGACAGGUUGGUGGGGAAAGAAGAGUGUCAGGGAGAGGGAGUCAGCGUGGAGGACAAAGGAGAGGAAGACAGGUUUGUGGGGGAAGAAGAGUGUCAGGGAGAGGGAGAUAGCAUUGAGGACAAAGGAGAGGAAGACAGGUUAGUGGGGGAAGAAGAGUGUCAGGGAGAGGGAGACAGCAUGGAGGACAAAGGAGAGGAAGACAGGUUGGUGGGGGAAGAAGAGUGUCAGGGAGAGGAAGACAGGUUGGUGGGGAAAGAAGAGUGUCAGGGAGAGGAAGACAGGUUGGUGGGGAAAGAAGAGUGUCAGGGAGAGGAAGACAGGUUGGUGGGGAAAGAAGAGUGUCAGGGAGAGGAAGACAGGUUGGUGGGGAAAGAAGAGUGUCAGGGAGAGGAAGACAGGUUGGUGGGGAAAGAAGAGUGUCAGGGAGAGGAAGACAGGUUGGUGGGGAAAGAAGAGUGUCAGGGAGAGGAAGACAGGUUGGUGGGGAAAGAAGAGUGUCAGGGAGAGGAAGACAGGUUGGUGGGGAAAGAAGAGUGUCAGGGAGAGGAAGACAGGUUGGUGGGGAAAGAAGAGUGGCAG